ACCUCGGGGCGCUUGUUUGGGAUACGGUCGUUAUGAAGGCUCUUUUAGUGUUGCUCGUUUUGACGAGCGUGGACGAGCUCUUCAGGACGGGGGGAUGCACGUCACAUGACAGGGUUUUAUCAAUCACGCCGAGGACGCAGGAUCAAGUGGAUGUUUUGAAGAACCUGUCUACCCACUAUGAGGCAGUGUUAUGGCGCCCUGUUUCCCCCUCGCUCAUUAAAGAAGGGAAUCUGGUUCAUCUGAUGGUCCCGUCAAAAACCUCGGACGCCGUGAUGGGUGUGCUGAAGGAGCAUAGCAUAAAACACCAGGUGUUGCUCCGCAACGGCGAGGCCCUGAUUGAAAUGCAGAAGAGGAACGACUCCACGUAUAUGCGGAGCCCCUCGUCUAACAAUGAGAGAUACCACAGCCUGGAAGAUAUCUACCACUGGAUAAACAGGACCACGCAGGAGCACCCUGACAUGGUGAAGGCCAUUCUGAUAGGCUCAUCGUUUGAGAAGCGGCCGAUCUACAUCAUGAAGGUGACGUCCAAAAAAAGGAACGAGGGCAACAGAGCGAUGUGGCUGGACUGUGGGAUCCAUGCCAGAGAGUGGAUAACCCCUGCGUUUUGCAUGCGGUUUGUACAAAAUGCCCUGGCACAUUACAAUAUCAACCAAGAAAUUACUAAUAUACUAGACAACAUGGAUGUCUAUGUGCUUCCUGUGAUGAACCCUGAUGGCUACAAGUACACAUGGACCACAAACCGGAUGUGGCGGAAGAAUCGCUCUUUCAGCGAGAAUAGCAGCUGUGUCGGCGUUGACCUCAACAGAAACUUUGACGCCAACUGGUGCACGGAGGGGGCUUCGGAUGACCCCUGCUCAGAGAUCUACUGCGGUCAGUAUCCGGAGUCGGAGCCUGAGUCCGCGGCUGUUGCCAAAUUCCUGCGCAGUCAUAAGGAAUCAAUUAAGCUCUACUUCACCAUCCAUUCCUACUCUCAGAUGCUGCUCUUCCCAUACUCCUACACCUAUGACAAAACAGAGAACCACAAUGACCUGCUUGCCAUGGCCCAUGAAGCAGCAACGCGUAUCAGAAGGCAUUAUCACAAUACCUACACAUAUGGUGCCGGAGCAAACACAAUAUAUCUGGCCCCUGGUGGCUCGGACGAUUGGGCUUACAACCUUGGCAUCAAAUACUCCUUCACUUUGGAGAUGCAGGACCGCGGGCGUUAUGGUUUCCUUCUUCCACCGUCACUCAUUCACAGAGCCUGCGAUGAGGCGUUGCUUGCUGUCAAGACUAUUACCACAAGGGUCAUAGAAAAAACACAAGAACCUCUGUAAAACAGCAACACGGUCCCUCUUAACAACUCUCUAUCUAAAGCCAGAGCAGUUGGGCCCUAUGAACCACUGUCAUAAAUUUGAUUUAAGAUGUAACCAA